GGGACGCGCUCAGCAAGACAAGCGCCCCGGACACCCACGCGGCUCCUCGAUCUACAGUGCGUGACAGAACGUCCCCUCAGCAUCCCCUGCGCGGAAGUGGUACAUCCUGCGUCUCCCCUGGGCUCUGGAGCGAGUAGUACAGCCUGCAGGACUAGCGCUUCUGACUCUGCCGCCCUUCCUGAAUGGAGCAGGUUUAGCCCAGACGACCAGCAGGACAGCACGCCCGAGCUCAGCUUGCGUCGCUACGGCAAACCCCGGCGAGGCGAGGCGAGGCGGCUGGCUGGUCGGGCAGAAGGCAGGCACGGUCCGCCUCUUCCUCCCCGGGGCUGCAGUUGAGGCAUGGCCGGGCGAGGUCGGGUUUGGCCAUUGCUGCUGGCGCUCUGCGCCUUGCCCAGCAAUUUCUGUCUGCAGGAUACUGAAGCGGACGAGCCUGAGGCGCCGGCAGCGGCCGGCGGAGGGGCAAACAGGCGGCGGCGCCUGAGCCAGGAGGACGGCAUCUCCUUCGAGUACCACCGCUACCCGGAGCUGCGGGAAGCGCUGGUGUCGGUGUGGCUGCAGUGUCCGUCCAUCAGUAGGAUCUACACUGUGGGCCGGAGCUUCGAGGGCAGGGAGUUGCUGGUCAUCGAGAUCUCCGACAAUCCUGGCGAGCAUGAGCCUGGAGAGCCAGAAUUUAAAUAUGUUGGCAACAUGCAUGGAAAUGAAGCUGUUGGAAGGGAACUUCUUAUCUUCUUGGCUCAGUACCUGUGCAAUGAAUAUCAGAAGGGAAAUGAAACUAUCAUUAAUUUGAUCCAUAGUACCCGUAUCCACAUCAUGCCAUCUCUCAAUCCAGAUGGCUUUGAGAAGGCAGCAUCGCAGCCAGGUGAACUCAAAGACUGGUUUGUUGGUCGAAGUAAUGCACAGGGAAUAGACCUAAAUCGAAAUUUCCCUGAUCUUGAUAGAAUUGUCUAUGUCAAUGAGAGAGAAGGUGGUCCAAAUAAUCAUUUGCUGAAAAAUCUGAAGAAAGCUGUGGACCAAAAUCUAAAGCUUGCACCAGAAACAAAAGGUGUGAUUCAUUGGAUAAUGGAUAUUCCCUUUGUACUGUCAGCCAAUCUUCAUGGUGGGGACCUUGUGGCAAAUUAUCCGUAUGAUGAAACUCGGACUGGAAGUGCUCAUGAAUACAGCUCCUGCCCAGAUGAUGCUAUUUUCCAAAGCUUAGCCCGCAGCUAUUCAUCUUUUAAUCCAGCCAUGUCAAAUCCAAAUAGGCCACCAUGUCGCAAGAAUGACGAUGACAGCAGUUUCAUUGAUGGGACAACUAAUGGUGGUGCUUGGUAUAGCGUUCCAGGAGGUAUGCAGGAUUUCAACUACCUCAGCAGCAAUUGCUUUGAAAUCACCGUGGAACUUAGCUGUGAAAAAUUCCCUCCUGAAGAAACUCUGAAAACCUAUUGGGAGGACAACAAAAAUUCACUUAUCAGUUACAUUGAGCAGAUACAUCGAGGAAUAAAAGGAUUUAUUAGAGAUCUUCAGGGCAAUCCCAUUGCUAAUGCCACAAUUUCUAUAGAGGGGAUAAACCAUGAUAUUACAUCAGCAAAGGAUGGUGAUUACUGGCGGCUACUGGUACCUGGAAAUUAUAAAGUGACUGCCUCAGCACCUGGCUAUCUAGCAAUCACUAAAAAAGUAGCUGUUCCCUUCAGUCCUGCCAUUAGGGUUGAUUUUGACUUGGAGUCAUUGUCUGAAAGAAAAGAAGAGGAAAAGGAAGAGCUAAUGGAAUGGUGGAAGAUGAUGUCAGAAACAUUAAAUUUUUAAGCCCGAAGUUCUGAAUUCAUAUCUCUUAAUCUACUAUGUGUUAAUUUAGUGUAAUGUACUGUGAAAAGUCCCUACAUUUUAGAUUUUGUGUAGCUCGUAAUACGUAACUUUGGGGGUCUUUUUCCCUGAGUAUUUUUUUUUUAAUACCAAUAACCUAUUCUUCACAAAAGCAAGUUGCUAGAACCUUUUAUGUCAUUUUUGCUAUCCUACAUAUUCAACUUGAAGGGCAAAUAUCCACAAAAAUGUCUCCUAAUGUGACUGUGAAUUUGAGUGUUUCACUUACUGUCCCAAAUAUACAGGCUAAGUACAUUAAAAAGCUAUAAUAAUUAGUGGUCACUUGUAACAACUGCCACAAAUAUUUGUCCGUACAGAUAAACCUAUUUACAUUUUUUUUUAAAAAUCUCAUAAUGGCACUGAAAAUAUAUGUGAUAAGAAUUUAGUGUUGUACAUAACUAAGUUUUUCUCUGUGGAAGAACCACGUAAAAUAAGAAUCACAAGUACUUGGGUAUUACUCAUAUGGAAUUGUUCUUAAGAAAAAAAUAGUACAAUUUUUUCUCUUGUGUUUGUUAAUGAUCCUAAGUAACUUCAUAAUCAGAUUAAAAAUUCUGGAUC